GCGGGACGGCGACUGCCAGGGGGUGCGGGCCCUGUGCUUCCCAGCGCUCCCUCUGAUGGCGGCGUUAGGGCUUGUGCCCGUGUUGCCCCCUGCUGAGGGUUAAGCCUCCCUGUAACUAGCUGACUUGGCCCUGUCCCGUUUCUCAGGUGGCAGUCGAUAUGGAAUUUGCCAAAAACAUGUAUGAGCUGCACAAGAAGGUGUCUCCUAGCGAGAUCAUCUUGGGCUGGUAUGCAACAGGUCAUGACAUCACGGAACACUCUGUCCUGAUCCAUGAGUAUUACAGCCGGGAAGCGCACAAUCCAAUCCACCUCACUGUGGACACAAGUCUCCAGAAUUCACGCAUGAGCAUUAAAGCCUAUGUCAGUGCCCCCAUGGGAGUCCCUGGUAAAACUAUGGGCGUGAUGUUCACACCUCUAACAGUGAAAUAUGUUUAUUAUGAUACAGAGCGGAUAGGAGUGGACCUUAUAAUGAAGACUUGUUUUAGCCCUAAUCGAGUGAUUGGCUUGUCCAGUGACUUACAGCAGGUGGGGUCAGCGUCAGCCAGGAUUCAGGACACCCUGACCAUGGUGCUGCAGUAUGCAGAGGAUGUAUUGUCUGGCAAAGUGGCUGCUGACAACACUGUUGGGCGUUUCCUGAUGGAUCUUAUUAACCAGGUGCCAAAGAUUUCACCAGAGGACUUUGAGACAAUGUUGAACAGCAAUAUCAAUGACCUACUGAUGGUAACCUACUUGGCAAAUCUCACACAGUCACAGAUUGCUCUCAAUGAAAAACUUCUGAGUUUAUAAAGAAACUUCUGCCAUCUACACUUCAAAAAGCCUGAAGAACGAGCAGAUACACUUUUCUAUCAAAUUUUGUGCUACAAAUUUCCUUGGACCGUAAUUUAAUUACCUAGAUGACUCGGUUUACAUCUUUAUUUCCAUUGCCCUGAAAAAUCCCUAACGUUUAGGAAAUGAAUGGGAAAGGCUGCAGUUUAGUUGAGACCAAUAUUUUAAAAUGGAAUAUGUGAAUCUUUUGUCUCCUGGGUAUAAAAAAAUGUGGCUUUAUUGUAAGAAUGUAUUUGAAAUAAAAGUUCCAUUGCAGUGGCAAGAAUGGCUUCUGUCUACAAAAAA